GGUUUCUUGACUGAAGCAUCCAUGACUGCCCCGUGAAGAUUGCCACCAGAGUCCCUACAAAUCCUACAGGCUCCCUGGGACAUCUUCAGAUCGGGUUGGACGCCCGCAAACGAUUAGAAUUUAUUCCUAGUGCCGGAAGCGUUUACGAGGUCUUUGGUUGAUUGCAGCCAUGGAAGGCCACAGCGAGCAUGUCGAGCUAGGGGCAAUCGCCGAGGUCGAAGAGAGACCAAACCAUGAGAAUACAGUGAAACAACCAAAGAAGCGGUUCGUCGGGAAGCGAGCCGCGGCCGAGGCUGCGAAGUCCAACUCAGGGGCUGCCUCGAUCGAGGACAGCGGGGCCAUUCAAGUCGCCCAGCCAAGGAGAGCGCCGCGGAUGGUCAACCAAAUACCGCACGAAAUUCUCAACGAUGAGGCAUUGAAGGCUGCGAUCGCGCUCCUUCCGGCCAACUACGCAUUUGAAAUACCCAAGACCAUCCACCGUAUCCGGUCUCUGGGUGCUAAGAAGGUGGCUCUGCAGAUGCCCGAGGGCCUCCUCAUGUUCGCCACCACGAUUUCAGACAUUCUCACGGAGUUCUGCCCUGGCAUUGAGACGCUGAUCAUGGGCGAUGUCACGUACGGCGCAUGUUGCAUUGAUGACUAUACAGCGCGGGCGAUGGGAUGCGACCUGCUGGUACACUACGCCCACAGCUGUCUCAUCCCCGCUGGGGUGACCAAGAUCAAGACGCUCUACGUCUUUGUCAACAUCAGCAUCGACACGUCUCACAUGCUUACCACUCUGGAGCGCAACUUCUCCCCUGGAAAGACGAUUGCGAUCGUCGGGACGAUCCAGUUCAACGCCACCAUCCACGGCGUGCGGUCGACGCUGGAGAAGGCGGGUUUCAAGGUAGUCAUACCACAGAUUGCGCCGCUCUCCAAGGGCGAGAUCUUAGGGUGCACAUCUCCCGACCUCUCCACAUACACCGACAGUCCCAUCGACUUGAUCCUGUACCUGGGCGACGGCCGCUUCCACCUCGAGAGCAUCAUGAUCCAGAAUCCGGGCAUCCCGGCGUAUCGAUACGACCCAUACUCGCGGAAGCUGACGCACGAGACGUACGGGCACGACGAGAUGCAGGACGUGCGGCGAGACGCGAUCAGGAAGGCGAAGACAGCCAGGAAAUGGGGUCUCAUUCUCGGAUCGCUGGGGCGGCAGGGAAACCCGCAUACCAUGGCGCUCAUCGAGACCAAACUGAGGCAGAUGGGCAUACCCUUUGUCAACCUGCUGCUGAGCGAGAUUUUCGAGAGCAAGCUGGCGAUGAUGGGCGACAUCGAGUGCUGGGUGCAGGUGGCGUGUCCGCGGCUGAGCAUCGACUGGGGGUACCGGUUCCCACGACCGCUGCUGACCCCGUACGAGGCGUUGGUGGCGCUUGAGGAGAGGGAGGACUGGGGCAAGGGCCCAUACCCGAUGGAUUACUACGGGAAGGAAGGGCUUGGUAGGACGGCGCCAGUGGCAGCUGGAGGGAGCAGCUAGUAGAAUGACAGGGUGUGCGCAAUACCGCGUAGUUCGGUCUGCAUUGUCGUUUGCCCACUGUCCAAACCCGUCAGAGGACGGAGCUGGUCACCUAGUUAAGCCGGUGGCUAGCCAGGCCUGUAGAGCGUUGCAUCAU